CCGAUAGCAUCGCACGUUAUCACUAUUACAAAAUAACACAUUAAUAAAAAUAUACGGAAUAUGAAUUAAGUUAAAAUUAAAGAGACCAAAAUGUUGCGGUACAGACAAGUGGUGCGUCUCCUUCAGCGCCGUAAUUUCUCGGCCGGAGCAACGAGCAAUGGAAGUGGAUCUUUCGGGGGCGACAAAUCCGACGAAGAUCUUCACCCUAUACGACGAACACUCCGUUUGCUCGGCAACGAUAUGCGCAAAGUUAAGGAGUUCUUUGUACCAAAGGAACCGGAGAUCGAGAAAGCUCCCAUUCCGACACAGAGCAAGUUUCACUUUUCAGGAGAGCGAGACAAGAGCAAGGAAUCCACUCUGCCGGAUGACUUUCAGACCCAUUGCGAUGUGCUCAUCAUUGGCGGCGGUGGAGUGGGCAGCUCCAUCGCCUUUUGGCUGAAGGAAAAGGCCCGCGACGGUCUUAAUGUUGUGGUGGUCGAGAAGGAUGACACGUAUGCCCAGUCAGCCACUCGUGUUUCGGUGGGCGGUCUUUGUCAGCAAUUCUCCCUGCCCGAAAACAUCCAAAUGUCACUAUUUGCCGCCGACUUCCUGCGAAGCGCAAGGAAGCACUUUGGCGAGGAAGUGCCCCUCCAGUUCACGCCCCAUGGCCAUCUGAUGCUCGCUGGCGAGGAGCACGCGGAAAGCCUGAAGCGCUCCUCUCAGCUUCAAAACGAACUGGGUGCCCGAAAUGAACUUCUUACUGCAGAUCGACUGGCUGCCAGAUUCCCCUGGCUAAACACCACGGGCAUCGCUUUGGGCUGUCUUGGUCUGGAAAAAGAGGGCUGGUUUAAUCCGUUGGCCCUUCUGAGCAAUUUCCGACGUUCAGCCAGUGGCUACGGCGCCCAUUUUAUCAGUGGCCAGGUGGUCGACUUCGAGUACAAAUCCCAAAUGGACAUUUCUGUGGUCACAGACCUUGGUUCCAACGAGGGUGCCUAUACGGGUUUGGAAAAAGCGGUCAUCCAACUGCCCGAUGGCACGCGACGCACCUGCAAGUUCGCCCUGUGUGUAAUAAGCGCCGGUGCUAGUUCCGAACAAGUCGCGCGAUUAGCAAGGAUAGGCGUGGGUCCAGGAAUACUUCAGGUUCCGCUGCCCAUCAACGCACGCAAGAGGUACAUGUACGCCAUCAAUUCGCAGGCCCAAAGUGCACCCGGGAUGACCAUGCCCAUGACAAUAGAUCCGUCGGGCAUCUUUGUUCGCAGAGAUGGCCUGGGCGGCCACUAUAUUUGCGCGCAUGAUUCGACGGAAGAGAUUCAUAGUGGGACGAUUGAUCCGCAAUAUUUCGCCCAGCACAUCAGACCCCAUUUGUCCAAUAGAAUUCCCGUUCUUGGAGAAGCCCAAGUGGUGGAUAGCUGGGCGGGCUGCUAUGAUCAUAACGUAUACGACGAGAACGGCGUUUUGGGAGCGCACCCGUACUACAACAAUCUGUACCUAGCCACCGGUUUUAGCGGACACGGAGCACAACAAUCUCUGGCCGUGGGCCGAGCCAUAUCCGAGCUGAUCAUGGAUGGUCAGUUCAGAACCAUCGACCUUUCUCGUCUAAGCUUCGACCGGCUGAUUGUUGACCAGCCCAUGUUCGAGUUGAAUACUGUAUUAAGCUAGAAUUGUUGAUGGUGCAUUAAAACUAAAUGCAGCUAAUUUAA